AUGGAAUCUCUCACAAAUCAAGCAGCAGACAUUGAAAACAAAAAUGUUAUCAGCAAAAAUAAAGGAAAAGAGCAAGAUUCUUUAAAAAAUGACUUUAAUAACCUUUUAUCUGUGGCGGGUGAAUUUGGACUAUACCAAGUACUACUAUUUUUAUCAACGUGUCCAUUUUUCAUUUUUGGUGCGUUUUCAUACUGUACGCAGCUUUUCAUGACUGAAGUGCCAUCCAAUCAUUGGUGCAGGGUUCCGCAAUUGGAACAUUUGACUGAUAUUGAACGGAGAUCUUUGGCUAUACCACCGGAUGAAAGUGAUAACUUCGGAUAUUCACAUUGCACAAUGUAUGCAGUGAAUUGGAGCUCGGUUUCUGAGAUGAAACCAAAUAUGUCAUGGCCUAUUGAACCUUGUAAAUACGGUUGGGAAUUUAAUAAAAGUGAAAUUCCGUAUCCAACAAUUUCCACUGAAAUGGAAUGGGUAUGUGAAAAAGACAAUUAUCAAGCGAUAGCCCAAGCUAUAUUCUUUGUCGGAUCUAUAGUGGGGGGACUAGGUAUUGGCUGGAUAGCUGAUCAUUUUGGUCGACUACCAGCUGGAAUUCUCGGCAAUUUAAUUGGAUGCAUCGCAGGGACGUCUAGCAUAUUUACGAGAAAUAUCACAGAAUUUAGUAUAUGUAGAUUUUUUAUGGGCAUGUCCUAUAACACUUGUAUGAUAAUGAUAUGUUUGCUGGUUAUAGAAUACACAGCUCCAAAAUAUAGAAACAUAGCGGCAAAUUUGCCAGUAAGCGUGUUUUUCACUCUGGGCAUGAUUACUUUGCCGUGGAUAGCUCUUGCUUGCGAAAAUUGGAGAACUUUAUCUUUAGUGACAAGUGUGCCUAUGGCCAUAUCGCUACUAGCCCCAAUUGUUAUACCUGAGAGCCCAACAUGGUUACUUUCCCAAGGCCGAAUCGACGAAGCAGUAGAAAAAGUUUUGACGAUAGGUCGAAUCAAUAAAAAGAAAAUUCCCAGAGAACUAAUAGAAAAGUUCAAAUUAUCUGCAACUAAAUUAGAUACUGAAAAAAGUGCUAGUGUUUUGAAAAUAUUUCGAAGACCUAUUUUGCGGAUGAUUUUAUUUUUGGUGUCUUUAGAAUUUAUGUGCUGUACUAUAAUAUUAGAUGGGUUGCUACGGAGUAUCGGGACAUUGGAUUUUGAUUUCUUUUUAUCAUUUACACUUUUGUCAUUUCCACAGUUUCCAUCUCUACUUAUUGCAUCUUUUACUUUAGAUUUGACUGGUAGAAAAUGGAUAACAGUUAUAAUGAUGUUUUGUUGUUGUAUUUUUAGUAUUUUAAUAGCACUAGUACCUAGCGGUUGGUAUUCAAUAUUAUGUGCUAUUGUGGCAAUAUUUUGUGUAUAUUUAAGUUAUACAGUGACUUUGCAAUGGGCAGCAGAAAUGUUACCAACUUGUGUAAGAGGAUUUGGCUCUUCCAUUGUCCAAAUUUGUGGGUAUAUUGGUACUGUCAUAUCACCUUUUAUUGCGUAUUUGAAAGUAUAUAUUACUGUACUGCCUCUAAUAAUUGUUGGUAUCAUAGCUGCCAUUGGGACAGUUGCUGCCUUGUUUUUACCAGAAACUGCUGGUAGAAAUAUGCCUGAAACAUUUGAAGAAGCAGAAGAUUUAGUCAAAAAUCAGAAGUUUUUUCAUAUUCCAUUUUUACGAAAAUCA